AUGCCGCUCGCCACUGUGCACGCGAUAAAACUGUGCUGGAAUACCGAGGAACGGUUCACUCUACGAUGCCCGUUCUGCGGUGAGCCAACGUCGCCAAGGAUGUGCAGCCCGAUGUGCAUCGCCAAGAUCGUGCAGCUGGAGCGGGGCGAGGCGGCCGAGGCAGCGGCGACUCUAGCGGCCGCCGCCGAGGCGGCACGCGACGCCGGCGCCUUCAAGCUGGGGAUGAAGUGGGACAUGGAGGCCGGGGCGGAGCGACAGCCGUCCCACUUGGACGCGAACGUCGAAGACGUCUACUCCGUGAUCGUGCCCCUCAGCCAGAGGCGGCUUCACGUCGUAUCGCGGCAAGAACCGAUCGUGCUCGGGCCGGGCGACGCCCUCGUCUUCAAAGCGAACGAGCUGUGCCAUGGCGGCGACGGCCUCGGACAGGGCGAAGACAUGAGGCCCCCCGGGCCGCUGCGGGUUUGGGAGUUAUGCUUAGGCACAGCUUCGGCGAUGGCAGCCCCUCUCUGGGGUGUUGCAUAG